GGGUGGGAUGGAUUAUAAUAUGCAAUCAUAAUUAAAUUAAUUUUUCCAAUUGCUUAUAUGCAUAUUCUGUGAUUUCGAUUUCCCAAACCAAAUGAUUAUGUUAUGGUUGCUUAAUCGAGAGAAAGCGUUAUAGUGCAAAACUCAGAUGACCUUAUAAACGGAGACAAAGGAGAAAAAGGAACAGUAAAAACUCAAAAUGAACAGGACAUUUUUGGCCAAUGCAAUCUGCGUAAUAUCGCUAGUUCUCCUCAAUAAUAUUGGCAUACGCGGCCAGCUGGACAUUGAGCAGAUCCAGACACAACUUCCAGAACAGCUUAGCAAGUCGAACUUCAGCAUUAACGAUGCCAAGGAACUGAUCCGCAACAAAUGCAUCGAGGUGGCCGGCGAGGAGGCGGGUGGCCAGGCGUACGAUGAGAUUGAAUCCGGAUUUGUGGUCCUCGGUGAGUGUCUAAAUGGCAUUGUCAACUUCACGGCGAUACAGCAGGAAAUCCAAGAGGCCAGCCCCAAGGGCGAGCUCGAUGUGGUGUUCAAUAAAUACUGCAUCCGGCGAUCCAAUGCCGUAGAGUGCAUCGAUGAGUUCACGGCCAAGGUCACGCCCUGCCUGGUCGAAGAGGAGCGGGAGGGUCAGGAUGUGUUCAAGCGGAUCAUUCAAAGCCUGCUCAACUUCGUUUGUCACAAGGACGGCGACCAGAUAGCCCUCUUCAUCGCCGAGCAGGGUCCUGAGUGCAUCGAGUCGCAGAAGGACAACAUCCAGCAGUGCGUGAACAGCACGUUUUCAGAGUAUCUAAACUUCUCGGACCUGCAAGACAAUCGUAUCAAGUCGAUCCCCAAGCUGACCGUGGGUCAAAAGCAGUGCGACGAAAUGAUGACCCUGCAAUCCUGCGUGGUCAACAAGCUGGAGAAGUGCGAGGACAUAACUCCGGCCAAUCUCGUAGAGUCGAUGUUCAACUUUAUCAGAAACCAAACACUGUGCCGUGACAACCAAAAAUCUCCUCUGAUCGCUGAAGCCAGCGGAAGCCGAGGGACCCAAAAAAUACCCCUUAAUGUUUUUUGUUAUCUCGGUUUCUAUUGGUUUAUUUUGCGAUUUGCUUUUCAAAAAUCUCCCUAGUUUUAAGCUGCAUAGUUGUUCCGAUAGGCAAGCCCAAUAUCUAAACUUUGUAUAAUGCUGUAGCUCACUAACACAAAGCGAUUAAUCAAAAACACGGUAAUCACUAUGGUAAAGUAACGCGGUUGCUAAUUAUGUGUCUGUGGAACCGGUGUCCAUAGUUCAACAUCUUUCCAGAAAUGCCCUUGUGAAAACACUUCGAUUUUUUUUUUUAUUUGUGAUCAACUGUCAAGAAUAGUAUGAAAUACUCUUAAAAUUCUCCGAAAGUAUUUGGUUUUUUUAAGCUUCCCUUCUUUUGGUCUUUGUUAUGCGUUUAUCUCAAUAGAUUUAAAAUAAAGUUGUUCCCUAGAUUAUUAUUCUCAUUAAGGGCAACUGAGGGUAAUAUCACUAUUUCAUAGUGGGCAGGGUAACGGUUCUGGAUAAAAGGAAUACUAUACAUUAUGCAUUAAUAGUUUUACAAAUGAAUAUACGUAUCAUUGUUGUAAAAAUAAAGUUAUCGAAUUGAAAAUAAAUAUUUUGUUACUAAUUAAUUUAAAAAAA